AUGUCCGACGGUACAAUCCAUGCCUCUGCCUCGUUUGACGAGGAACGUUUUGUCCAUGAGCUUCACAAAGCCCUCUCGGCAAAGACCGUGAACCAUGAUGUCAUUAUUGAUUAUCUAGUCAAAAUCAACAACCCGCAGCGCCAGAUGCUUCGUACUCCUUACAAGCAACAUUAUGCCGCCGACCUCGAGACCGUUUUGACAAAAGAGUUGAAGGGUGAAUUGGAACAUGUCAUCGUCUCUCUCAUCCAAACCCCACCAAAAGCUGACGCGGUAGCGCUGCAAAAGACUGUUAAGGGUCUUGGAACGGAUGAGAAGGCUCUAAUCGAAAUCCUUACCACCAGGAAUAACGAGGAAAUUGAGGCGGCCAGGAAUACCUACUACACCCUCUACAAUAGGACCCUAGAAGAUGCCAUCACUGCCGAUACUUCAGGUGACUUCCGGUCCAUGCUACUCCAAUUAUGCCGUGGCCAACGCGAGCAUGGAACGCUCACUGAUAAUUUUGUGGCCAAACAAAUCGCCAACGAUCUCAAUGCUGGAGUCGAUAAGAAGGAACGUUUCAACAAGUUCCGUUUCCUGUCCGAGUUGAACUCAAACCAGCUGCAGCGAGUGUUUGCUGAAUACGAGAAAGUUAGCGGCAAGACGUUUGAUAAGUUCCUCGAGAAGGAAUUUUCUGGAGAUGGGAAAGAUUUGAUGCUGGCUAUGGCUCAAGUGGCCAAGAAUAAGCCAUUAUUCUUUGCGCAACAAAUUCACAAUGCUGUUAAGGGCUUCGGAGCUAAACAUCACGACCUGAUUCGGAUUCUGGUAUCCCGCUCCGAGAUCGACCUGGAAGCUAUUAAAGCCGAAUACGAGAAAGCUUACGGUAAAACGCUGUUGGAUACGAUUAAAUCGGAAACGAAGGGCGAUUACAAGAAUGCCCUGGUCGCUCUGGUGAUUGGAAAUCGAAAGAAU